GCAUCAGCAUCAGAUGGAGCGGCAGAACUAAAGAAACAGAGAGUCUAGAGGGGAAUGAGGAAGACGAGACUCGGAUCGCAAACAACGGAAGGUGAUGAGAGGGUGCACUAAUAUGAAACAAGUCGGCGGAGUUGAAUCACCUGUUUCAUCAAUCGGACGGUCUCGAUCAUCAAGUUGGUCGUCCACCUCCCAUCCGACGGCUGUCGCGCACCAAUUGGACGGGCACCGGCCCUCGCCCGAUGAUUGAUCCUGCGAGCGGCGUAGAAGCUCUAAAAUGCUCGUUUUCGUAUGAUUUUUCUGCUUCGUCCUCAUCUACGGCCGCCUCUGCGCCCUUCCGUCGUUUCCUCCCUCUUUUCACUCCUCGAUCCAAUCUGAGGUAGUCAGCAUGGGCGAGUCAAAGAAGAGCAUUGACGUGGAGGAAGGAUCAUUGGAGAUUGGCAUGGCUGGUGGUCGGACCAUAUGGUAGCCGUGUUGGGAGGCUUGCUGAUACUCGAUACUGCUUGGUGUCACUUGGACCAGAGAUAAAAAGAGAAAGAGAGAGAAGAGAGCAGGAGGAGGUGGCAGUCCAGGUGAGUGGGAGGAGGUGGCAGCAAGGCAGCAAGGAGAAGGUGACAGUGAAGUGGAGGACGAGGAGUUGACACUGACAUCGAGAAGUAGGCUAAGGUGGGGUGCCAAAGAGCCUGACAGAAAAUUAGAAAGAAAGAGAAGAAGAAGGGAAAAAAAUGUUGACACUUUUCAAAAUUAAAAGAAUGGAAAAGAAUGAAACAGAAUUUCUUGCAUCCAUACUCUGCCAGAUGGCCUUGAAGGUCUCUCCUGUUGGUUGACCCUCUUUCUGAAGCUUGGAGAGCCAAUCACUCUCUUUCCCUUUUCUAAAUUGGGAGAAAAAAAUGGUAUCUGUACUCUUUCAACCUGAAUAGUGUUUGAGUUCCUAUUUGGGUUAGAAAAAGAAUCGGUUAAGUCCCAGCAAUGGUCAGAUUGGGUCUGGGAUGCCUCACUGCUGUUUGGACAGAAUUUAGGGCCUCCGGGCUCCAUUUGACCUGCCUGGACCACAUGGUAAUCAAGUCCAGGGAGUGAGGCUGUCAGUCUCAUAAUACAUCUUGGAUGAGUUAAUCUAUUGUCAUAAUGAACUGUCUCUUAUCUUUGGUCCUCAAACUAGAGAAAGAGUACAGGACUGUCUCUGGAGUUGCAGGACCUUUGGUCAUCUUGGAUAAAGUGAAGGGUCCCAAGUAUCAGGAGAUUGUUAAUAUACGAUUAGGAGAUGGCACCAUCCGGCGUGGUCAGGUCCUUGAAGUUGAUGGUGAAAAAGCUGUUGUUCAGGUUUUUGAAGGGACAUCAGGAAUUGACAACAAAUACACCACUGUCCAAUUCACUGGCGAGGUUUUGAAAACCCCUGUAUCUCUUGAUAUGCUUGGACGCAUUUUCAAUGGCUCUGGAAAGCCAAUAGAUAAUGGCCCUCCAAUCUUGCCUGAGGCUUAUUUGGAUAUAUCUGGAAGUUCUAUUAAUCCUAGUGAAAGAACCUAUCCUGAAGAAAUGAUUCAAACUGGAAUAUCUACCAUUGAUGUUAUGAAUUCCAUUGCUCGAGGACAGAAGAUCCCUCUCUUUUCUGCUGCUGGUCUCCCUCACAAUGAAAUAGCUGCCCAGAUUUGUCGCCAGGCUGGUCUUGUAAAGCGUCUAGAAAAAUCUGACAAUCUUUUGGAGGAUAAAGAAGAGGACAAUUUUGCUAUCGUAUUUGCUGCUAUGGGAGUCAAUAUGGAAACUGCACAAUUUUUCAAACGUGAUUUUGAAGAAAAUGGUUCGAUGGAGAGAGUGACUCUUUUUCUGAAUUUGGCAAAUGACCCCACCAUUGAGCGCAUUAUUACUCCACGAAUUGCACUCACAACAGCAGAAUAUUUAGCUUAUGAAUGUGGGAAGCACGUCCUUGUCAUCCUAACUGACAUGAGCUCAUAUGCUGAUGCACUUCGUGAGGUAUCAGCAGCCCGAGAGGAAGUACCAGGUAGACGUGGUUAUCCAGGGUAUAUGUACACUGAUCUGGCAACUAUAUAUGAGCGUGCUGGACGGAUAGAAGGAAGAAAAGGCUCCAUUACACAGAUACCCAUCUUAACCAUGCCAAAUGAUGAUAUUACCCAUCCGACACCUGAUCUUACUGGUUAUAUCACUGAAGGUCAAAUUUACAUCGAUAGGCAGCUCCAUAAUCGGCAGAUAUAUCCUCCUAUCAAUGUCCUCCCUUCUUUAUCUCGGCUAAUGAAGAGUGCUAUUGGUGAGGGCAUGACCCGGCGUGAUCAUGCUGAUGUCUCUAACCAGCUCUAUGCUAAUUAUGCGAUUGGAAAGGAUGUUCAAGCUAUGAAGGCAGUCGUAGGAGAGGAGGCACUGUCAUCCGAGGAUUUGCUUUAUCUCGAGUUUCUGGACAAGUUUGAAAGGAAAUUUGUUACUCAAGGAGCAUAUGACACUCGAAACAUCUUCCAGUCGCUGGAUCUCGCAUGGACGCUUCUACGUAUUUUCCCUCGCGAGCUUCUCCACCGCAUACCUGCAAAGACCUUAGAUCACUAUUACAGCAGGGAUACAGCACACUAAUUCUGUCUGUACAACUUCAAAUUUUCAUCUGCCACAGCAGUGAUACAGCACACUAAUUCUGUCUGUACAACUUCAACUUUUCAUCUGCCACGGCGCGGCAUGAAUAAUAACCUCAGAAACUUGGGUUGUUUCUUGCUUGAGUGUUUGAUCCCCUUGCUUUUGCUACCGUAUCCCGGAGAAUUAAUUCCUAUAUAGAUUUUUGUAAAAUUAUGUUUUAUACAACAUCUAGUCAUGUUUUGUGGAUGUAUUUGUUGAGAAACCAAAUUACUGCUGUCACUGUUAUUUAUGCUUUUCAUAAGAAAUAAAGACUAUUGUGUAGGAAUUUCUGCUAAA